AUGGCCGACGUAAACUUGAGGAUAGGCGUACUGGCCGCUAGAGAUUUGGCCAUAGCAGAUAAGAAUGGUUUUUCCGAUCCGUACGUCAUCGUUCGUGUGGGUAAAUCAAAAUAUCAAACACCGGUCAUUCCCAAGAAUCUCAACCCCGUUUGGAAUGCAGUCUUUGACCAUAAACUAUCCUCCACAAACAUACCAGUCGCCAUCACCGUCACCGUUUGGGAUGAUGAUAGUUUUGGUCGCGACUUUCUUGGUGAAGUUACUAUUCCUAUGAGACGAUUAUUCGACCGAAAUAGCGGUGGAGGCAAUGAUGGUAUACCACGAAAGUACGAUGAUCCUAGGAAUCUUCCGGCUGCUUACACGUUGCAGAAGAAGACGGCGAAAAGUAAUGUUAAGGGAGAUAUCGUGUUGAAGUUUGGAUUUAGCAAUACUCCCGAUAGGAGCGACGAGGAUUGGAUAUAUUUUUGGGAGCAGUAUACAGUUCAGGCUGGGGCCUCCUAA